CGUCGUUCUGCACGUUUCCAUGGCAACAGGUGUUGAAACAGACGACGUGGUGUGUGGGACGUCAGAUGAAUAAUGAAAGUGUAAUGUUUAAUAAGACGAUGUUUUCUGCACCAUGAGUCAUCUUUUAGGAGCUCAGGACUGUGUGGAGAAUCUGCGUAGAGAUGUGAUAGAUUUACAGGGCGCGCUCGUGGACGUGUUCUCGCGCACAGGACCGGUCCGUUUCCGGUCGUGGAAGUUCCCGGACAAAGAGUCGUGUGAUUUGGACCUGGUGCAGCUGCUGGAGCAGUAUGACUAUGUGGAGGGAGAGAAAGAGUUUAAUGAGCACUCACACACCGUGCUGUUAGAGCUGGUUAUUGACAGACUCUUGCUCCUGCUACAGAGUUUUAAUGCCUACAUGGAGCAGAUGUUAGGAGGACAGAGAGCAGGGGAUUGUGGGAAGGCAGGAGGCCCGGUGUGUGUCGGCCUGGUGGUGAGACGCUACUGGAAAAAUUUAAUCAGCUGCACCAGCCAACAGAGACAACAGAAACUGAGCGUCGUGUCCAGGCCGGAGAGCAGCACAGAGUCGGACCCCCGGACCUCCAGCUCCACCUCCCAGCACACGACGUCGUCUUUACCUGCAGCCUCCUGCAGCCUCCAAACGUCCCCUACGCCGUCGCUGAGGUGUCGCAGUGUGAGCUGUCAGACGGUGGAGUCUGCACUGGUGCCGUGUGCCGCCUGCGCUGGAGUCCAGUCGUCUCUGCAGGACAGCGCUCGUGCCGUGGCGUCUCUGUGCCAGGCUCUGGGUCUGUCCUGCUCGCUGUGGAGCUUCCUGCAGGCUGUGGAGGAAACGCUGCAGCUCGGCCGCCUCUCUGCCUGCGACCUGACUCUGUGGGCUCGAGAGCAGCAGGCGGAUCUGCGGCGAAUCCACGAACACGUCACUCACGUUCAGGAGAAGGCGGAGUCUCUCACACACACACUGCAGAGAGCAGAAGAGGAGAGAGACGAGCUGAGAGCACGGCUGGACAGAGAAAGGGAGAGCAGUGAGCGAGAGAGAGAGGAGAGGAGGAGGAGAGAGGACGAGUUGGAGAGAAGACUGGAGGAGGAGAAACUCAGACGAGAUGAAGAGCUGAAAACACAACGGGAGGAGAAGGAGGAGCUGAGAAAAGGAUCUGAGGCUUUAGAAGUGAAAAUCUCAGAACUGGAAGGAGAAUUAAAGCUGCAGAGAGAAUCACAGCAGUGUGUCGAGCAUGAGAGGGAUUCCCUAGUAGGUGAAGUGUACAGGCUUCAUCAGGAGGAAGUGAGAUGGAAGGAGACGGAGCAGAAGAAGAGAAAUCUGGAGUCGGAGCUCAGCGACACACGGAAGCUUCUGGAUACAGAGAGCGCAAAAUAUCACAGUAGUCAGCGCCAACAUGAGGCGAUGACGUUGAAGCAGCGUGCCCUGCUGGAGCGUACAGAGACACUGGUACAGCAGUGUGAGGAGCUACAGGUUCAUCUGGACAAGUGUGAGGAUGAGAAAGCUGAGCUCACUGACACACUCACACACACCACACAGGAGAAGAACACACUACAGGAACAGCUCACAGAGCAGAAGUCUGAGUUCCUGUCUCUAAAAGACGACAGAGAGAAGCAGUGUGUGCGACUCCGUGAGCUGGAGGACUGUGUGUCGAGGCUCACUGAGGAUUUACAACAAUCUAAAGAGAGAGAGAGAAUCCUGGUGGCUUUUCCUGAACUAAAUCCCCAACCCACUAAACUACAGAGUACAGGUGAUGUCCUGUGUGAUAUGGAGCAGCAGUUGAAGGUGAACUCGAUGAGGAUCAGGGUUCUGGAGCAGGAGAACGUGUCUCUGAUUAAAACCCUGGCAAAGCUGAAAGAUGCUCAGACCAUCAGACUCAGUGCAGGAGAUCAGACACCAGGUCCAAACUCAGGAAGCUCAGAAACGGCACGAAGAGCAACAGAAAACCCGAUGUCUUCUUCCUUUUCUUCUUCCUCUUCUUCUACUGUUGCUCUUCAUCAUCAGACCCUCAGUGUCUCUGUUGUUCCAGAACAGAAACGGCGCCCAGCUGCACGCACACACACUGCUGUGCUGAACCGUAGGAGGAAGUGAUGUCACCACCUGAUACUCACAUUCACACACUUUAGAAGAUUUAAAAAAAUGCUGUAAUAAUCAGUCUGUAUUCUGUAACAGCAGCGUCUUGUAACUGCCAUGAAGGACAUUUUUGACCAGUCGCUUUCUUAUAGUGGUGUCAUGAACACUGACAGUAACUGGGGCAAGUGACUCCUGCAGUUCUAUGGAUGUUGUUGUGGGGUCUUUUGUGACAUCUUUGAUGAGUCGUCGCUGAGCUCUUGGGGUAAUUUUGGUCGUCUGGCGACUCCUGGGAAGGUUCACCACUGUUCCAUGUUUUGGCCAUUUGUGUAUAAUGUCUCUAACUGUGGUUCACUGGAGUCCCAAAGCUUUAGAAAUGGUUUUAUAACCUUUUCCAGACUGAUAGAGUUCAAUUACUUUCUUUCUCAUUUGUUCCCGAAUUUAUUUGGACCUUUUGGUUUACUUCACUUUGUCAGUCAGGUUUAUUUAAGUGAUUUAAUGAUAGUGACCAAGUGUGACAGUAAUCAGGCCUGGGUGUAGCUAGAGAAAUUAUACUCAGGUGUAAUAACCACAGUUAUGUUAUGUUUUAACAGGAGGGCAAAUACUUUUUCACUCAUGUGGGUUUGAUUUUGUUUUCCCUUCAUAAUAAAAAGCUUCAUUUAAAAACUG